AAUGGAGGAAAGAGUCAGUUCAAGUUCUUCUUUAAUCACGACAAUACUUUUAGGAUAAGCAUAAAGGAUCUAGAAUCUACCUCUAUUAACCAAGCCAGAGAGUUUAUAAAAGAUUUUAGUGAAUUGGAUAAUUUAAUUAGAUUUAAGCAGUUAGUUGAAAACCUUGAAAUAGAAUUGCCAAAAGAAUUAUUGAUUAAAUCAUUUAAACUACUUAGUGAUGCUUCAGCAUUUGAAUAUCACUCAGAAAAUAUUAUGAUACGUCUUGAAAUACAUCUUCAAACUUGGAUGGCAACCUUAGAAAGGGUGUACUAUUAUCCUGUUGUUCUAACAUUUAUUCGUAUUUCACCUAAAGCUACUGAAGCAGCAUUAGGUAAUACUUCAGGAGCACUUGGCAUUGCUAAAAUAUUACUAAGCCUUGCUCAAGCUUUUAAAUUUAAAUAUCCUAUUACUUAUUGUCAAAAUGAGAUUCUUGAAUUUAUGAAUUUAUGGACAAAAAAAGAACCAACAGCACCUCCAAAUUCUUUGUGGUUUGGAAUUUUAGAUCUUGCUCAACACUUAAGCCAAAAAACAACUCAAGAAUCAUUAUCAACGACUUCUCAACAAAUUUUAGAAAAAAUCAUUCAUGAUGUAGAUCAAAAACUUCAAUUAAAUCUCAAAUUUAUGAAACAGUUAAAUGUAACAGAAGGUCUUUAUGUGAAAUUGGAACAAUCAGGUUAUUUUGAUAAAUUAUUUCAAGAAUAUAAAAUAUCCAAAUAUAAAAUUUAUAUGGCAGAAGAUGAUCUAUUUUUAAAAUUUAGUAAGAAUAAAAUAUUUCAAAAUUCUAUGCUUUCAAAGCUUCCUCACCAAUUUUUUCAAAAAAUUCAACCAAAGCUUAUGCUACCAGCAUUUAGUAUGGCAGCUAAAGCAGAAUUACAAGAAGACUAUGCAACAGUUAUAAUGUGGCUAACUCAAGUUUUACAACUACACCCAAAAAGCUAUUCAAUUCGAUGUAGAAGAGCGUUUGCAUCCUAUAAACUUAAAAUGUAUUCAAAGGCUAAAGAUGAUUUAGAUGUAGCAAUCCAAUUAAGGCUAUUAAAAUCAUUGGGCUAUAUUUAUAGAAGCCUGAUAUUUCGACAACUUAUUGUUUAUUCAUAA